AUGCAGAACUUAAUCAGGGAGCUUAAGGAAGUCGGAGGCACCUUAUUUGAUGAGCAACAGAUUCAAGCUGUCAUGAGAUCUCUCCCAGCAAGUUGGGAUACCAUGAAGCACACAAUUACUCAUAACGAGAGUAUAAAAACCUUUGCUGAUGUAGCUCGCCACCUCCAACUGGAGGAUGACCGAAUGGAAACUGUGAAACCUAUCAACUCAGGGGCCACAGACCACGUGAGCAAGGAUCAUGGCAACUUCACAGAAUUUCGUCGAAUCAUCAUAACAAAUAGAGAUGAGAAAAUCCUUGAUAGGCAUGGAGUGGAUAAAGUUUACAAGAUUGAACUGCUGAACGGCGAAGAAGCUGCCCAACAUCUUAGUAGAAGAGCAUUUAGAAGUGAUGAUCCUAAUAAUGAAUUUGAAGAGUUGAGUCAUAGACUUCUACAAUAUGCUAAAGCACUUCCAUUAGCAAUCAAAGUGUCAGGUUCCUCUUUGUUUAAGCUCCAACAAUCAGAGUGGGAAGCACAAGUAGAUAGAUUGAAAGAAAAUCCCAACCAAGAGGAAGACUGA